AUGUUUCGUACUGCUUUAAGAAGUAGCUUACCCAAGUUUUCAUCUGUUAACUCGAUCAGAUCGCUCUCUAAGGUGCGUGAAAUCUCAGAUUUAAAACAAUUUAACCAAUUCGUCAAAGAUGAUAAAGUGUCAGUGAUCGAUUUUUAUGCAACCUGGUGUGGGCCCUGUAAGGCGUUAGAACCAAUCUUUGAUUCAUUAGCAGAAAAGGUUCCAGAAGUGCAAUUUGGAAGGGUCGACGUGGACGACAACCAGAAAGUAGCACACGAGCACGGUAUAACGGCCAUGCCAACUUGUUUGUUUUUCAAGAAUGGUAAAAAGGUUGACACUAUCAUUGGAGCAAACCCUCCGAAGUUGGUAGAAUUGAUUAAGAAGCACGCAGAAUUGUGA